CGUUAAUCUCCUUAGAUACCGUCUUUUUGCCGCCAUGGCUGAGAACGUACACCACGCAUUCGUCAACUAUGACCUGUCUCACCCCCGACCAACGCAAGCACAGCGCCAAACGGUGUCAGCUUUCAUUGGAAAACAUUUCCGGAACCGCUCCGCCCCCACACGCCGAGCAGCACAACCGGCCCUUUACCUUGAUGACAGGAGGCCACAUUAUCUUUCACCGAGUCCAUCGACAAAAGCAGACAUUGGACAAGCGUCCAGGCAACGGCUAAUACGCCGUUCAAUCAAGGAUGACGGCAAGCAGCACCAUCAAAAAACGGACGCUGCUUCAGAAAAAUCCAGGACUUCAGUGCCACGUUCCAACGAUGGCAACGUACUGCUGCGCCCGGUAAUAGAAUGCCUUGUACCAGGAUACCCAACCGAGCAUCGACUGAAAAUACUUCAUACUCUUGAUUUUCUUACAUAUUAUCUUAUCCCUCGCGUGACACAUUGGGGCAAAGGUCCCAAUCCGUCCAUGCGCUGCUGGAUGCAGAUGAUUUGCGGCGACGCAACGCUUUUUGACUCUGUCGCCGUUUGGGCACACGGCGUCCGAACCACUACCCUGGAAGAUAUGGAUACACCUAGUGUUGCUGUCCUCUGGCACAUGAGCCGGGCGUUAAAGGGUUUACAAGCCAAAAUUUCAGCUGAAAGUGUAGCUGUAUGGACAUCAAAUGAGACAAUUCUGGCAACAUUCUAUCUAAUGGACGGUGCGGCCAAAUUUGGAUCUGCCUCUGAAUUUAAGGCUCAUUGUCUCGGUUUCCUUCAGAUGAUGCGCCUGAGGAAUCGGCCUGCAAAGACUUGUUUAGAAGACCUGUAUGUAAUGCAGGCAGCUGGAUUGGUAGAAGGAACAGAGAUGGCUUCCAGGCUCCGAUUUGAAAUGGUUCAAGACGGCAACCAGCCAUUGAAUCAAGAGCCAGACGCCAGAAUGAGGCUGCUGAAUCUUCGAUAUCCUCAGCCAGGUCUACAGCCUGGUGAAGUGUUACGGGUUGAGAUCAAUAGUUUACCGAUGGGCUUCCGUGACUUGGCUACGACAGGAAGCCUCAGCAUAGAUUUCAUCCUUCUUCUGAAAGAACAAAUUCAACAACCCGGUACUAUGAUGGAGGCGGAACGCCAAGCUGAGCUGAUCAGAAAAGCUUGGCUAUUGGCAAACCAGUCACAAAAUGUCGUAGAAGAGCUGGCUUGCUUGGGCAUGAUCGCAUUUAUUACCUGGCACUCGGCCCAAAUCAAGUUUUUCCCUGAACGGUCAUUACUUGAUAGGGUACGGAAGCUGGGGAGACAGGUGGGAUCUUUCAUCCAGGCUGGACCAUUAUGUCACCGCGAACUAAGAGCCUGGGUUGUCCUCACCAGUGCUGAGAUAGCGAGUACGGUGGGAGCGACCCUAAAGCAGCGUGCUCGUGACAUGAUGAUGGAAUUGCUGGUUGAGGAGAGAUGGAUUGGUAGUUGGAGUGAUUUGGAAAGGGUGGCGAAAGGACACUUAUGGAAUACAAAAGCUUUAACUGUUUGGAAGAGCUACUGGAUGAGCUGUUAUGAUUUGGAAGGCGACGGUUUAUAUGAAGAUGAGGAAACAAGGAAUAUUUUUCCGCCAAGAAAACCACGCACGUUGUUGACAUGAGGUUAUCUCAAUUCGCGGAUCAGCAAGAUUGGAUAUCGUGACCUAGGGAGCCUCGUCUGAUUGAUGUGCCCCUUGGGGAAGGUUUGCACAAGCCUUUUGUUCACCCCGCUCCUAUUCUCCUACGAAAGAUACAUCUCCUUCCUCAUUUGAGCGAUGGUACUGUAUAUAAAUUGAUAUGUUGAAGGGGUUCUACAUUCCUUGAGAAACAUCCCUUGCCUCAGAACGAUUGACUUGGUCCCU